AUGCCGCUGCUCUGGUGUUUGUGCGUCUUUGCGCUCUUCAGCUUGGCAGUGUUGUCCGCUCUCUGGAAAGCUCGGCGCAGAUCCUUGGAGCCCCCGUGCCUUCCAUGUCUGCCCCUGAUCGGAAGCCUGCUGAGCCUCGGGGGCCCUCAUCCUCCACACGUCCUGUUCAAGGAGCUCCAGGCCAAGUAUGGGGCCACAUACUCGCUGAAGCUGGGUUCCAAUAAGGUCAUCAUGGUCAACCACCACAUACACGCCAAAGAGGUCCUGCUCAAGAAGGGGAAGAUCUUUGCAGGAAGAUCCAGGACGGUGACCACAGAUGUUUUAACCAGAAAUGGGAAGGGCAUCGCCUUUGGAGACUAUAGUGCCACCUGGAAAUUCCACCGGAAAAUAGUGCACGGAGCCUUAAGCAUGUUUGGAGAAGGAUCUGCCUCAAUCGAGAACAUCGUUUGUGCCGAGGCCCAGUCUCUCUGCACCCUGAUGUCAGAGGCGUCUGCUGCUGACCUCUCUCUGGAUCUCUCUCCUGAACUCACUCGAGCCGUCACCAAUGUCAUCUGUGCCCUGUGCUUUCACUCUUCGUACAGUCGUGGAGACCCUGAGUUUGAAGCCAUGUUGCACUACAGCCAGGGAAUUGUGGACACUGUGGCUAAAGACAUCCUGGUGGACAUCUUUCCAUGGUUACAGAUAUUUCCCAACAAAGACCUGCAACGCCUCAAGCACUGUGUGUCUAUAAGAGACCAGCUCCUUCAGAAGAAAUACGAUGAGCAUAAGGCAGACUACAGCGAUCACGUACAGAGGGACCUGCUGGAUGCACUGCUCCGUGCGAAGCGGAGUGCAGAAAACAACAACACGGCAGAGCUGAGUGCGGGCCCUGGGGGCCUCAGUGAUGACCACGUGCUCAUGACAGUAGGGGACAUCUUUGCGGCUGGAGUGGAGACCACUACCACAAUGCUUAAGUGGGCUGUGGCUUACCUCAUCCACCAGCCACAGCUGCAGAAGCAGAUACAAGAUGAGCUGGACCGGACAGUGGGGUUGGAGAGGGCCCCUCAGCUGAAGGACCGGGGCAGCCUGCCGUACCUGGAGGCCACCAUCAGAGAGGUGCUGCGCAUCCGCCCCGUGGCCCCUCUGUUAGUACCACAUGUAGCCCUCAGCGACACCAGUAUCGGGGACUUCAAUGUGACGAAAGGCACACGUGUGGUAAUUAACGUGUGGUCUCUCCAUCAUGACCCGGAAGAAUGGCCGAAUCCAGAAAGCUUUGAGCCCGCUCGCUUCUUGAACAGUGACGCCAGUGGACUCGUCAUUCCCUCUCCCAGUUAUCUGCCCUUCGGAGUUGGCCAGAGGGUGUGUCUGGGGGAGGCUCUGGCCAAGAUGGAGCUCUUUCUGUUUCUGUCCACCAUCCUGCAGCGUUUCACCCUGACUGCGCGGCCUGGAGACCCUCUGCCCAGUUUAGAAGGCAAGUUUGGGGUAGUGCUCCAGCCACCCAAGUACUAUGUGCAUGCCCUGCUCCGACCGGGUUGGGAAAGACACGAAGACAAAAGCCUGAACCCCUGA